AUGUCCACCCAGCCAGCAUCCGCUUCCGCCGCCGCCGCCCCGAUGUCCACCUUCGCGGCGCUGCUGCGUCGCAAGCAGGACAACGAGCGGCGCGCCGGGGCGGUGGCGCUGUACCGCGCGCGGAAGGACACGGUGCGCGCCGCGCUGCGCGCCGCGGAGGCGAUGGUCGGGCGCUCGGCCGACCAGCUGCGGCUCGCGCUGCGCGAUCUCGAAGAGGCCGUGGCGAAGCUCAAGGAGACGAGGAAGAUGAUCGCGAGGAUCUUGGGCGGCGACAGGCGGAGGCACGGGGAGGGCGAGAGUACGCCGGAGGGGGAGAGUACGCCGGAGGGCGAGAGUACGCCGGAUACAGGCAACGCGGAAACAAAGGUUUGAGGAGGGGCAACGGCAGCGCGUUACAGCACCGGGCCGGGGGAGGCGGCCGUGGCAGUGGGUUUGAAGGGCGCCUAACCCUGUUACUGUAGGAUAGAAUUUAGUUGCAUGUGAAGCACCGUCAGCCGGUGCGAAUCUUGGGAGAAGGAGAGACGGGAAGAAAAUCGAGAUGGGAGAAUCGCAAUGCCCAGAAGGCUGCUGCCAAGGGCAGUAUGCGAGCGCCGUUUGACGAUGAGAGCAUAUGCCGUGACAUUGCUAGGCAUGCAUCGAUCAGUAUCAAGACGUGCGGCUCCACCAGGAGAUUCCGUUCCUCAAGGUUUGGUAAACUGGCUAUAGUGCGUGCGUGUAGUUGCGCGUUUUGCUCGU